AUGUCUCUCUCAAACAGGCGUAUUCUCAUACUGUAUGGCUCGGAGACGGGCACGGCCCAGGACAAGGCCGAGGAAAUCGACCGGAUGUGCCAGCGGCUACGGUUCCACACUGAUCUCGAUGCAAUGGACAAUGUCAAGCUGAACGACCUCCUACAAGACUAUGAACUCGUCUGCUUCGUCAUUGCUACAACAGGCCAAGGCCACUUCCCGAACAGCUCGCGCAAGUUCUGGAAGGACCUCCGGCGAGCCAAGCUACCACCAAACUGCCUGGAGACACCGAUUCCAGAGGAGGAGCCACUUCCACCUCGCUACACGCUAAGCGUGCGGCUUUCGGACGCAAAAGGAGCGCCCAUGCAGGAACAGGCGGACGAAGCAAGAUCCUCACCAGACUUUCCGCCGCCCCUUCUACUACCUCACCCAAACGUCAACAGCGCCGUUGUCAUUAGCAACAAGCGAGUCACCCCGUCUGACCACUGGCAAGACGUUCGCCUCAUAGAGCUGGACGUGACUUUCCCGUUGGUUCAUGGCAUGGCGUACGAACCUCUUCCUGGCGACCGAGUCGUCGUGUAUCCCAAGAACUACCCGUCGGACGUUCAAAAGCUGAUUGAUCUCAUGGAAUGGGGUUCAGUCGCCGACAAGCAAAUUUCACUCGGCGCACAGUCGCCCAAUGGGCUUUACCCUGCCGAAAACAGCACUCUCCGGGACCUCCUCACACACAACAUUGACUUCAUGGCCGUUCCAUCACGGUCUUUCCUGCACAAGCUUGCUUUUUAUACAACCAACGUGGACCACAAAGAGAAGUUGUUUGAGCUUGUUCAGCCCGACGCAUCCCAGGAGUUCUACGACUUCACCUCCCGGCCACGGCGGACGAUCUUGGAGGUGCUUGCCGAGUUCUACUCCUCCAAAAUCCCGUACGAGGCAGUACCCGAUGUGUUCCCCAUCAUUCGUGGUCGCGAGUUCAGCAUUGCCAAUGGUGGGAAGCACUGGAAGAAGAGACAAGUCAUCAAAAGACAGCAUGAAACGAGCGAUGACGAUGCGCAUCGGGACGGCGCGGUUGUCUACCGACUUGAUGUUCUCGCCGCGUUGGUGGAGUACCGGACCAUCAUCCGGAAACCACGGGAAGGUCUGUGUUCACGAUACCUCAAGAAUCUGCCAGCAGGCACUCCUUUGCAUGUGGGCAUGAAACGCGAGACGCCACCGCCAAACGGAAGCAUUUCUGCCGAGCGGCCUCUGAUUGGCAUCGCAACGGGCACCGGCGUCGCCCCAGUCCGCAGCCUGAUCCACGACAGGAUGCGGUCUUUACCGCGCGCCGAGACAGUACUCUUCUUUGGUUGCCGCAACAAGGGUGCCGACUUCCACUUCCACGAGGAGUGGGCUGGCACCGAGGAUCUGACGGUUGUCCCUGCGUUUUCGAGGGAUCCGAAGGAUCCUGAACAACCCGAGCCGGAGGCAAACCCAGCGCCCACUCCUAAGGUAACCCCGGACAUCAAGAAGACAACCGAGAAGCAGGCUAUCAAUGGCUCAAGUGGCACAAGCGGCACAAGCGGCACAGAAGAACAGUCAGCAACGACUGAGCCCAGCGUGGUCGUGUACUCGUAUGACGAGGGCAAAAACUACGUGCAGCACUUGAUCCGGCGCCAUGCAGACAAAGUGUGCGAACUGCUUCGGAAAGAUGCCAUCAUCUGCCUGUGCGGCAACAGCGGGCGCAUGCCAAAGUCCGUCCGUGAAGCGCUGCGUGAUGCGGCAGUCUCGGGCGGGUUCUGCAAGGACCCGGAAGAAGCGGAGAAGCGAUUGUUUGACGAGAAGGAUCCGAACAAAGUAGUCUACUGGGAGGAGACAUGGUAG